UGAGAUGAAUGUAGGAUGGCUCAAACCCGGCAAGAGGGUCAAACGACAACUCUCAAUCUCCGGACCCCUCAACUUCCAGCAUAUCGAACACAUCGGAGCUGACGAUGUGUUGACGAACAACAAGAAACUCUCCAGUUCAUUCCAGAAUAUAGCGGAGUUAUGUCGCGCGCUCGCACGCCACAGCACCAGCGACCUCCCACCGCCCACCAGAUGCAGUAGGACGAGCAGUGCUGCUUCUUCCCCCGGCGGGCUCAACUUAGAAGCGGACUUGUUCAACGAGAUCACCAACUGUUUAGCUCCUGAAUUGAAAUCCUUCCUCAUCACAGACGACACCCCCGAAACCUCAGAAAAAGACGAAGAAGACAACCCCUCCCCUGGCCCCUUUGAAGAUGAGAUGGGUUGUGGGAGCUCCUCCACAAACUCUGAGAAAGGUGCCCAGUUGGAUGUCGUACCCUCCAGUGACGUCACAUCCCCUAGUGACGUCACACCCCUUCCAAGUGACGUCACACCCCUUCCAAGUGACGUCACACCCCCUCCUGAAGUGAUAAAACCGACUGUAAACAAAGGUCCGGAGAAGCCUACCAGAAAACAUAAGACGUUGAGAAAAGUUAGCGACGGGAAAAAGAACAAUAACAACCAUCAGGAUCUUAUCGGCGAUAUAAUCAAGAAUCAGAAUCAUCUCAAAGUGGAAGGACCGUAUCACUUAGCGGAUAAAGAGAACUUCUCGAACAAUCUUCCUCCACCCAUCACUCCUCGCACUGCCAAGAAACUCAAACUCAAGGAUGACAUGUUUCGGGAUAUGAUCGCCAAGUACUGCAGCAAGGAAAACCCCUCUACUAGGUUGAAGGAGAUAAAGAAGCUUGGACAGGGCUCUUCUGGGGUGGUUAUGCUUGUUAACGACUCUGUUACUGACACGCGGCUGGCAGUCAAGAAGAUGAACUUACACAGGCAACAGAAACGGGAUCUCCUCGUCAACGAGGUAUCAGUAGGAUCGUUACAGCACCGGAACAUAGUCCAGACGUACAGUACUCACUUGGUGGGGGAGGAGCUGUGGGUUCUGAUGGAGCCACUAGACGGGGGAUCUCUUACUCAGAUUGUGGAGAACCUGCGCAUCGCCCAGCUGACUGAGAGACACAUGGCGCGCAUUGCGCACGGCGCGAUAUCUGCUCUGAAGUACCUCCACGCGCUCGGGGUCGUUCACAGGGACGUUAAGAGCGACUCUAUCCUUCUCAGCCUUACUGGACAGGUAAAAUUAUCAGAUUUUGGGUACUGUGAUAGGAUUACCGCAGAUAAGCCGACCUGUACCGGCCUUAUUGGCACGCCCCAUUGGAUGAGCCCCGAGAUUGUCUCCAGAAAGCCAUAUGGCCGCAUGACGGACAUCUGGUCGCUGGGAAUCAUGAUGAUAGAAAUGCUGGACGGGGAACCACCCAACUUUAGUGAUAGCCAGAUUGUAGCGAUGGAUAAGAUUAAAGUCAACCCAUCCCCUUCGCCUGCAAAAGCAGAGAUAUCGAGUGUAAUGCUAAACUUCCUAACAUGUUGUUUGAAGCAAGAGCCAGCACUACGGAGCACCGCAUGCGAACUACUCGACCACAGGCUUUUCUCGGACAUGGCGUCUGAGGAGGAACUCUCCUCCCUGAUCAGGGGAUUUUAUGCAAAAUUCAAAACCAGUCCAGUGUUGAAAUGAACUCAACUGUUUGUAGAGUUGUAGUUCAUCUAGCGUUCCUGCAAGGUCAGGAUUUUAUCUGUAGAUAAUAAACAAACAGUGAGUCGUUUGUACCGUUUUUACCGAGUUAUUUAAUGCGAUCGGUUUCUAUGAGAACGGGUUUUGACUUUUAAGUGAGUGUACUUUGACUAAUUUCAGACCAUUGUAAUGUGAAAAAUAAAAAUAUUGUGUUAGUGAUUGAUAGUAGAAUUAAUGUAAAGUGAACAUAAUCAAGAACAUUGAUUGAUUUUUGCCAGGCCAAAUGAUAUGCAACUCUGGAUGUCUUGCUAGCUUUAUUUGACCGAUUUUUUCAUUAAUCACUACCGUUUUUGAGUUUCCGUAGUAUGUAAAUUCUCCCAAUUCUGUAUGAUUCUUAGCUGCGGGUUGUAAGAUGAUAGACAUUCCGAACGGCAAUAAAGUAUAACAGUUUUUUCUAAAUUGAAAGAUUUUGGAAAAAAGUAGUAAUGUUUCAGCAAGCUAAUUCCAACAGUAGAUUAACUUCAACUUAUAUUUGUUAGUCAUAAUUGAUAUUAAUAAUAAGUUAUGUAGUUUAUUUAUUCGAUGAGAUAAUCUUGUUCAACCAUUACUAAGAUGUAA